AUGGCGUUUUCAAGGGCACUUAGCAUUCAGUCUGCAAACUCACUACCAAUAAGCAUCUUGCCAAGCUCACGAUUGCAAUGCAACUCAAGUCUAUUGCAGAUGCGUUGGAAAAGAGCGCUUUCUUCGAAGUCACGACUGCCUAGCUUAUACCGACCACAACCCACACAACUGAUCACUGCAAUACCGUACAAGUUCUCGAAUCCGUCCUUUAAAACAACAACAGCAGCCAACCAUGCCUUGCCCUCGAAACGAUUGUCAGACUACACACCACCAACCACGGGCAUUUUAUCCUACCUGCCGCAGAAAGCUGUCCCAUACGGCGAACUCAUGAGACUCGACAAACCAAUCGGGACAUACUACCUCUUCUUUCCAUGUCUCUUCAGCACAAUUCUUGCUGCAAUCAUGGCCACACCCAUUGCCCCACCGCUAGCAGUUCUCAGCACUGGGGCUUUAUUCUUCACAGGCGCUCUAGUAAUGAGAGGUGCAGGAUGUACCAUAAACGACCUUUGGGACCGCGACCUUGACCCACAUGUCGAACGCACACGGUUACGUCCGCUCGCUAGAAGAGCCGUCAACACCCGACAGGCCAUGGUCUUUCUUGGCGGUCAACUGGCAGCCGGUCUAGCAGUAUUACUGUCGCUACCUUUCGAAUGCUUCUGGUAUGCGACACCAUCACUAUUAUUGGUCGCUACGUACCCGCUAGCCAAGCGUGUGACAUAUUACCCUCAAUUUGUGCUUGGACUUACCUUCUCCUGGGGCGCUAUUUUGGGAUUCCCUGCUCUCGGCAUCGACCCUCUCUCCAAUCAAGCAGCACUUGCAGCAGCUGCAUGUUUGUAUGCGAGCAACGUGGCGUGGACUGUACUAUACGAUAUGAUCUACGCACACAUGGAUAUCAAAGAUGAUGUGAAGGCGGGAAUCAAAAGCAUCGCUCUUAAGCAUGAGAAUGAGACUAAAAAGGUCCUCUCAGGUCUUGCUGUUGUGCAAGUCGGUCUUCUGGCUGCUACUGGAGUUGCAGCGGGCUUGGGACCGGUGUACUUCGUGGGAUCUUGCGGUGGUGCGGCGCUCACGCUUGGUAUCAUGAUCAGAAGAGUCAAUUUGAAAGUAGUAUCAGACUGCUGGUGGUGGUUUCGCAAAGGGGCGUGGUUUACAGGUGGAGUGAUAAGCCUGGGCUUAGCUGGCGAGUAUAUCAGUCGGCUGCUUGUGAUCUCACAUGAGAACGAGAAUCAUGGGUCCAAUAGACAGGAGAAAAUUGUCGCUGCUUAG